GGAAGAGGGGUACAUGUACGAAUCAGAACGAGGGUGGGAAAGAGAAUCUUUGCUGUAGAGAAACCACAGGCUGGUGAGAACUUCAGCACCUGAACACCUUUAGAACAAGCGCUUUAUUCUACAGCAGGAACACCUGUGCGAAAACCGAGGAUAGAGUCAUGUCUCGGCUGGUUUUGUUGCUGGGUCUGCUUCUAUAUGUGGGAGCUCAGCUGUCCCAUGCUCAGCACUGGUCUCAUGGCUGGUACCCUGGAGGCAAAAGGGAGAUCGACUCCUUCGGAGUAUCAGAGAUUUCAGAGGAAAUUAAAUUGUGCGAGGCAGGGGAAUGCAGCUACUUGAGACCCCAGAGGAGGAAUGUUCUGAGAGACAUUUUUCUGGAUGCUUUGGCCAGAGGACUCCAAAAGAGGAAGUAAUACCUUUUAAUCCCACCCUGCUUUUCUACCUAUAAUGACGCUCAUCUUUAGUUUUUUUCAAGAGUGUAGUUGUUUCAUUUAUUUUUUAUUUCAAAUGACAUUCUUUUUUUCUGUUUUGCAACAUUUUUGCUCUCUGGCAAACAGAUACUAGGCCUAUGUUAUUCCAAAAUAAAGUGUCUAUUUUGAUACCAACCUGUUAAGUUUCUCAUUUUUAAUGUUUAGAAUCAUUUUACAGGUGUGUACCUAACUCUCAACACUAACAACACAGAGAACUUUGACAAAUUAGAAGGUGUAGAGAAUUCUUUACACCCUACAGGUUGAGCUAAGGUCAUUCAACAGAAAAUGCACAAAAAGAACUGGCAUCAGAUUUGAAACUAAUUUUUAAAAAGGUUGUUAUUCUUUGAUAUCACUUCAUUUGAAAAGGAGACACACUUGGAUGUUACAAUUAAUCAACUCUGCGCUAAAAUUGUUUUCAGUAAUAAAUUAUUGUGACAUACAUUAAAGUACGUAUGUUUAAUUUAAUUAUGAAAUAUUAUUUUAAUAUAAUUGUAGAGCAUGUGUAUGUUUAUUUAGUGCGUGUAGAUUUGUGUGAAUUCAUUUAAAGACAAUAGUUGUCCCUGUUUACGGUAUUUUGUGUAUUUUCCUUGCUAAAUAAAGUUUUUCU